AUGGUCAGCUCCAUAGACCCUUGGAUAAUGGAUCAAAUCCAGCUACUAAUUGUUUACCUUCGGCCUUUAUUGAAAUCCAUUCCUCAAACCUAUCAAACUUGGAUCUUUUACCAUCAAUCACAUCCAAAACUUGGUAGAAAAUGUUAUCAGAGAUGUUUUCUUCACCUGUGGGAUAAAGACCCCGAAUUUGUAUCAGAAUGCAUGAGCCGGAUAAUGCUUCAUAUGGGUGAUUGGGGACCAUGGGUGGCAAUAAUGGCUGUGUCCAAUAAAUGGGGAAUCAUUUACGAAUUGAUACGUAAAACUUGCCGAACCUUUAACUCGCAAGACAACUCAAAAAUCAGACAAACAGCAAAGGACAAAAUAAACCAUGAGAUAGACGUUAAAGAUUUAACCUUGGAGACCACCAGUUAUCUUCUCAUGAUAUUUGGCACCCACAAAUGGGUGUACUUGGGGCCCUUAAUACAGAAUUUUGUGGUACUUUUGCUUAAUUUUUACUUAGAAAGCUUAGCCGAGAAUCAAAAAGUCAAAGGAAAGUCUAGGAGAAGGAAUAGAUCACGAUCAAAAAGUAGAUGGUUCAGUAAGUGGAGAAGAAGCGAUGAGAAAAAAUCCUCUACUACUACGAGCAGAAAGGGUAAUAAGAGUGUUACUGCUGAUUUCAGACUUUUAUUGACGUUAAUAUGUGUUGGGCUAAUGACAUGUGUUGGUAUCAUGUGGGCCAUUUCUAUCUUUAGUACUAAAAAAACCUCAAAGACAAGAUGGAAACGAGAAAAAAAGACGCGGAAUUGGGGAUUAUCAGACCUAGCAGCAGUGAUAUACGGCAUUUCGAAAUCGAGAGACCUUUGGAAAGUUAUCUGCGGUCGUUCCAAUAUGGCUGGAUUAAUCGGCUUGGGAUGGCUGGAGUUGGCGAGUGCAAUGUUGAAAAUCGGGAUUGGAAUGGGAGAUACCCUUGAUUGGAGUAAAGCAGCCGUGGGAAUAGCUAAUAUUAUUUAUGGCCAGGUGAACUGA